CGGCUCCUUUUCCACCGCCGCACGUUAGCUGGCUGGCUGGGGAGGACGCGAGAGCGGCAGGGCGCAUGCGCGUAUUUCUGGCAGGCGGAGCUGCGCGUGCGCACGCGGGGACUAGUUGGAGAGCGCUGCGCAUGCUCGCUUCUGGUCACGCCCCUUCGUGCCCGGCAAGGAAGCGCGCCGUCUCAGGAGUGUCCCACACCCAGAAUGGCCGCUACGGCCCGCGGGAGGGCGGGGUGAGUCCUCGUCGCCUUGGUAACGACGCAGGCGACUAGGCCGGCGGGCCAAGCGGGUUGUAGUAGUAGUCGCCGCCAUGGGAUUUGGAGAUGCAAGGAGACCAGGAGCCUCAGCAUCUGCGCUGCUUGAUCACUCGUUUUAUCCCGGUGCCGCGCCAUGGAGCCUGGCGGUUCUGCAGGGGAUCCGUCCGCCAGGAGAAACAAGGCAGGGCUGUGCUCCUGCUCCCCGGGCCGCGUCCACUUCUGGGGGCCCCUGAACCACCACGGGCAGCCAAGAUGGCUCAGAAGAUGAGCAUUGACCAGCUGGAGGACCAGCUGCUCUGCCCCAUCUGCCUGGAGGUUUUCAAGGAGCCUCUGAUGCUCCAGUGAGGGCACUCCUACUGCAAGGCCUGCGUGGUGUCCCUCUCGGGCAGCCUGGAGAGCCCGUUCCUCUGCCCCGUCUGCCGGCAGGCCGUGGACUGCGGCAGCUCCCCGCCCAACGUCAGCCUGGCCCGCAUCAUCGAGGCCCUGCACACCGCCGGCGACGCGGAGUCCGGUGCGGAGGCCUGCCCCGACCACCACAACCCGCUCAGCCUCUUCUGCCAGCAGGACCGGGAAGUGAUCUGUGGUCUCUGCGGCACCAUCGGCACACACCAGCAGCACAAGGUCGUGCCCGUCUCCACCGUCUACAGCCAGAUGAAGGAGGAGCUCUCCGUGGUGUUGACCGAGGUGCAGCGCCACAAGAAGAGCGUGGACGAGCACGCCAGCAAGCUGAUGAACAACCGAACCCGCCUUGCGAACGAGUCGGAUGUCUUCAAGUGGGUGAUCCGGAAGCAGUUCCAAGAGCUGCACAGGUACGUGGACGAGGAGAAGGCCCAGUUGCUGGAGCGGGUCGAGAGGGAAGCGGCCCACCUCCUGGCCUCCCUCGAGGCCCAGCUGAAGCAGACGAGGGACACCCUGCAGAAGCUGAAGGAGCUCGAGAGGUCCCUGGAGAAGCUCAACAACGAAGGCCACCUGGAUUUCAUCCGGAAAUACGGGUCUCUUCCAUCCAGGUCCGAGCUGCCCCACCAGCGUUCGGCGGAUGUUACGUUCAGUGCUGUCUCCUUUAAGCCUGACUUCCAUCAGGAUGACAUCAAAAUGAUGGUGUGGAAGCGUCUGCUACGCAAAGUCCUCCCAGCCCCGGAGGCGCUGCAGCUGGACCCAGGAAGCGCCCACCCCAUGCUGGAGCUGUCCAAGGGCAACACGGUGGUGCAGUGCCGGCUGCUGUUCCAGCGGCGUGACAGCAACUCGGAGCGCUUGGACUACAGCAACUGCGUCCUGGCCAGCAAGGGCUUCUCCUGGGGCAAGCACUACUGGGAGGUCAUCGUGGGGCCCAAGAGCCACUGGCGCCUGGGCCUGGCCAAGGGCACGGUCAGCCGCAAGGGCAAGCUGAGCAAGAGCCCCGAGCAGGGCGUGUGGCUCAUCGGCCUGAAGGAGGGCAAGGUCUACGAGGCCUUCGGCAGCCCCCGGGUGGUGCUGCCCGUCUCGGGCCGCCCGCAGCGCAUCGGCCUCUACCUGCACUACGAGAAGGGUGAGCUGACCUUCUACAACGCCGACAGCCCCGACGAACUGGUGCCCCUCUACACCUUCCAGGCCGAGUUCCAGGGCAAGCUCUUCCCCAUCGUGGACAUGUGCUGGCAUGAGCGGGGCUCCAACACCUUGCCCGUCGUCCUGCCCAGCCCGGCCAUGCUGCAGGCCCAGGGCAAGGAGCCCGACGGCCAGGAGCCCACCAAGUUGUGGCGGGGGGGAGCGUCCGCCCGGCGGUGAGGGCUGCCUCCCCGCGGAGUAGGCGUCUCUGGCGGAGCCCCGUUGGAUCGAGCCAAAGGUCCAUCCCACCCUGCGUCCCGUUUCCCGCACUGGAAUGAGACAAAUCAACUAAUCCCUUCCCCCUGCAGCUGCUGCCGCAUCUUGUGGCCAGGAGUUCCGCAAGUCCAUGUUGCGUUCUGCAAAAAGGUCCUUCCUUUUGGCCUGCUCUAAAUCUAUUGCCCGGGAGGCCCUUGAAUUCCUCUAUGAUGUGAGAGGAAGGAAAUCUCCCCUGUCGGCUUCCUCCACCCCACACGCUGCUGAUUCGUUGUGCUGUCUGCGGAUCCUUGCUUUGCACAGAGCUAGUUCGGCCUGAUCAACCCUCUCCGCGGCAUCACUGUCCCCAUAUAAGGCCAGUUCAGGGCCCACCAGCUGGAGCGGAGAAUCCACUGUUCCAUCUUGCCUUUAGCUCAAGAGCCCCGUCACCUUGCCUGGGGGUGUUGAUGCAGACGAUUGAUGCCAAGGCUUCAAAAGCCCUUUUGCUUCCCUCUCCUUUUGCCUUUCAGCUUCCUUCCCUUAGAAGGUCGCAUUUCACGCAGAGGUGCGUUGCCGAAAUGCUGCUCUUUCGCUCUGCCCACAACUAUGUUCAUCAAGAUUUGUAGCUCCCCCCCCCCACCGGCAUCUUUGGGAAUGUUCCCCCACCCCACUCCACCCCAUCUGGUGAGUGUACCGGAUCCUGUCAUUCAGCUGGGAUGCACGAUUAAAUAUUCCCCUGUGCAUCAAGGUAGGUAGAUAGUUUAUUGUGGUCAUAGACCAGCUCAUAAAGCUGGGCCCUAGGUUCUUCCCAUGCGCUGAAAAAUAUAAGGGACAAAUGGCAUCCCGUGACAGUUCGGGGCUGAAAUAAGGGACUCCGCUGCGAAAAAGGAGCUGUUGGCAACCCUGGCUUCUGUGACUUGCAGGGGCAUGUACAGGUGCACAUGUGCCUAUCCCCACAUACACACUUGGCGGCAAAUAGAGUGCCAAUAUUUUCAGCUACAACAUGCUCUGUCUUCUUUUUAUGGGAUUUCUUACCCCAGGGCAGAUCACAAAACUCUCUCCCAGAAGGUCAUGGAUCUUUUCCUUUUCCAGGGCUGAAUAAAAUGAUCAAACCCUG